GGGGAUCUAGGGAAGGGGGCCCUGGUGUGGGGGAAUGGUGGGGCACUGGAGAGCUGGGAGAGGUGGGAGCAAAAGGCCUCCGGAAGCCCAGGGGCAGAGGCUGAGGGAUUACUCUUCUCCCGGUCCUCCAAGCCCUGUUACCAUGUGUCAGAGCUAGGAUCUUGGGUUGAAUGGCCUACUGGUCUGCUCCACUGUGGCAUUGGCCAUGGUCUUUUGUUCUUAGACCUGAAGGCAGGGGAGACAGGGAGCUAGGCCCCGGAGAGGGAGCGGACAGGAAGAAAAAGGGGUCACAAGAAGGGUUGAAGAGGGCCCGCGGGAGGGUGUUGGUCCAAAGGUCCAAAAGAUGAGAGAAAGAGUGGGACUGAAGAGCUGAAGAGGAGCCCGAACUAAGGGUCCUGCUGCCUGCCUCCUGCCUCCGCUAACCCAGGGCCUGCCCCUCCCUGCCCCCAUGGGCGUCUCCAGGGCCCUCCGGCGCUUCAGCGCCACGGCCGGGGCUGGCGGAGCGGGGCGGGGCCGGGGCGAGAAGGAGGCCGAGGAGGCCACUGUCUGCCGCAACGGCCGCGCUGAGGGGGAAGGGGAGGGAGAGGAAGCCGGCGGGGGACGGCGCGCCCGCCACCGGGGCCGCUUCGUCAAGAAGGACGGCCACUGCAACGUCCGCUUCGUCCACCUGAGCGAACACGGGCCGCGCUACCUCAGCGACCUCUUCACCACCUGUGUGGACGUCCGCUGGCGCUGGAUGUUUCUCAUCUUCUCCUUCUCCUUCCUGGCCUCUUGGCUCCUCUUUGGCCUCAGCUUCUGGCUCAUCGCUUCCCUUCAUGGCGACCUGGAGCCUGUGCCUGUGGGCGGUGCCUCCCCCACUGCUCCCUCCCCGUGCUUCUCCCAGGUUGGCAGUUUCCUAGCUGCCUUCCUCUUCUCCCUGGAGACGCAGACGUCCAUCGGCUAUGGCUUCCGCAGUGUCACAGAGGAGUGCCCGGCUGCCAUCUUGGCCGUGGUGCUGCAGUGUAUUGUGGGCUGUGUCCUGGACGCCUUCAUCGUGGGCGCGAUCAUGGCCAAGAUCGCCAAACCCAAGAAGCGCAACGAGACUCUUGUCUUCAGCGAGCAUGCCGUGGUGGCCCUCCGGGAUGGCCGCCUCUGCCUCAUGUGGCGCGUUGGCAACCUUCGUAAGAGCCAUCUGGUCGAGGCCCACGUCCGGGCCCAGCUGCUGCAGCCCCGGGUCACCCCAGAGGGUGAGUACAUCCCCCUGGACCACGUGGACGUGGAUGUGGGCUUUGACGGGGGCACCGACCGUAUCUUCCUCGUCUCCCCGAUCACCAUCGUCCACGAGAUCGACGCUGCCAGUCCUCUGUACGAGCUGGGCCGCGCCGAGUUGGCCCGGGCUGACUUUGAACUGGUGGUCAUCUUGGAGGGCAUGGUGGAGGCCACAGCCAUGACCACACAGUGCCGCUCAUCCUACCUCCCCGGCGAGUUGCUCUGGGGCCACCGUUUCGAGCCCGUGCUCUUCCAACGGGGUGCUCACUACGAGGUGGACUACCGCCACUUCCACCGCACCUAUGAGGUCCCAGGGACCCCCGUCUGCAGCGCCCGGGAGCUGGAUGAGCAGGGGGGGACAUCCGCUGGCAAGGCCAGCCCUCCUCCCCCACUUGCCGCCUUCUGCUAUGAGAACGAGGUGGCUCUGAGCUGUUGUGACGAGGAGGACGAAGAGGAAGCCAGCAGCAGCCUGGCGGGAGAAUCCCUGGCCCCGCCCCUGGCCCUGACCCCGCCCCCUGAGAUGGCCCCACCUGCUUCCUCGGCCCCGCCCCCACCUGAAGCAGCCCCCCCAUGACUGGGGGACAGGGUCUGGGCUUAGCAUCGGGCUCAGAGCUGGAUGGGGGAGUCACUUGCCCACCCAACGCCCCUUGGGCAGUUGAAUAAUUGCCACUCUUCAUUAAUUAGAAGCUCUCCCCACCUCUCCCAUGCGACCCUUCAAUGCCAGGCACUUCCGUUCCAACUUUUCAUCUGUCCUCCCAUCCCCACUUCCCCUCCCACUGGACAGUCGGUUUGUCCUUUCCUCCCCCGGCGGAAAAACCAGGGGGCUCUAGACCAUCCUGGGUCAUUUCUAGAUCGCUGUAGGGCCUGACCUAGGCAGCCGCCUUCGAGGAGUUAGGCUGAAGCUAGAGACUGGCCAGGAAAGAGCGAGGAGGUGAGAGCGGAUGUUCUCGGGCCAGGAGAGCGAGUCUAGAAUGAUCCAGAACAUCGGGGGCCAACCUAGAAUGCCCAGGGGUUCUAGGUCGUGGCCCCAGGGAAAGAUUUUGGAGGACAAAGUGGACUGGUAUUGGUUGCUGGGGUGGUGUGAGUGUUUGCGUGUGCUUGUGUCCGUCCUGUCUGGGUGGGCGUGUGUGUAUGUAGGUUGAUAUCCGGGGGGGGCCUGGGCUCCAGGGGUGAGCUUAGGAGUCUCCAGAAUCCAUCCCACUGGAACCAUAGCCAUAUCUCAAUGUAUGUUUCUCCAGAACGCUCUACAUGUAUAUACUUAUACAUAUAUAUAUAUAAUAUAUAUAUUUUUUGUUGUUAGUUUGUUUUUUUCCCAGAGAGGGCCUUUUGGUGUACAGUACACUAGGGGUUGGGGGAAAGACUCAAUAUGCAGGGGGACCAUUUCCUGAGACUGCAGCUUCCACCCGUAGUGCCUGCUCUGUUCCUAGACUGGGGAAGUUGGCCUUGAACAUCCUGUGGUGGGUCGGUGGGGUCACUGGGCCUCACAGGACUUACGAGGUCCAGCAAUGGAAGCGGAGUGACCGGGGUUCACAGCACUGACCAAGUCACUAGAAUCCCACUGAAAGGGAUUGAAUGUCCUCUGGAAUUGAUUGGGUGGGCACUGGAGUUUCACUGGCAUUACACUGGAAUUGAAACGAUCUUAUGCUGGAGUCACCCUGGGAUGUGAACUGGAGGCCUCAGGAGACUUUUGCUGCAGUCUCCCGGGAGAAGCAAACUUUGAGGUCGUGGAUGUGGAUCGCAGCCGCCGGCCAAGCCUCCGGGGCCCUUCUGUCGGACACCCCUCUAAAAUCCCCACCCUAGGAGCUGACUGGCUGCCCCUCAAGCCCCACAGCAAGUGGCAAAGACUCCCCCGUCAAAGCCACUGAAUAAGGAAAGGGGCCAAACUGGGGCCUAUAGGGAGCAGGACUGGAUACAAUCCCUGGUCUGGCCCUGGACCUGGCUGGUGAGGCUAUUCAAGUUGUUCCCUCCAAGGAGCAGACAGACUUCAAACCCAAAGGGGGCCUUGUGCAGAAAUAAAGAGACCCGAUCUGGGUAUGAGUGUA